AGUCUUGGGGACUUCCGGGUAUGCUCCGCAAACGCUGGCGGUGUGAUAGAUAUGAAGCUGCGGCCGUUGUCCGGUACCCGAUACUGGACCCUGAAUUUGUCCUGGUUCAUUGGCAGUCACCGGAACAUCUUACUGGUUCCGGCAGUUUGUGCAUUAGGAUAUUAUUUUUGUUGGAGGUUUAGAGUCAGACAAAAGCUUCGCCAGCUACGUGUCCGACUAAACGAAUGCUACCGGUAUUUUUACCCGCGGACCCUCUAUUGCCAAGUGGAGUGUUAUGGUCAGGGGAAGAUCCACCACGAUAUUAUGAGACAACUGAACAUCACUGAAGGACAAGAGGCCCCACUUGUUCUCUUUGUCUACAAAGUGUCCCGUGAAACUGAGGAUCUCCGCAACGCUCUGCAGUGGAUUGAAGGCAGUCGUGGGAGAAAAAGUGAAGGAAUCUGUGCUGUGAUCCUGCUGGAAAAGUCAUGGAACAAACAGAAUAAACUGGUAGAGGUUGCUCACCAGGGAAUAUUUGAUGCAAACUGUUUGGUUGUGCGAAUUCUUUGGGAACACCCAUGGUAUUCACCUGCCAGGGCUUGGAACAAUCCCAGUAACCGUGAGGCGAUGGAUAAGGUCAAACAGAGGAUUAUGGAGUGGCAGAGAAGUCCUGUAGAAGGAGACCCGUAAUCACCUGACCCACCCAGUGUAUGGGGAAUCUGCUGCCUCUGCUCAACAUUUCUGCCCUGACCUGCUCCGGACAUCAGUGAAGACAACUGAUCAGAUUCUGAGAGGCUUAGACAACAGAACCAAUCUGUGGACACUCAUCCUGAAAAAUGGUGUUUGAUCAUAUCUAUUGUGCUGGAAGUGUCUUUGGUUCCCUGCUCCAGCCCCUUGCUUCACUACUGAUGGAUAAUGAAUAAAAAGUGAUGUGACUCCU